CUUCACUUACACGCGACGAUAGGCUCUGGACGACAUCAUCACUCAACGUCACCUGGACGAUAAGGUUCCACGCGGGGGCGAGGUAUGGAGUUGGCAAAAUGCGGGGUUGAGGUCCAAAACCCUGUCGAGCCUCGGAGCUUGAGGCAGUGGGCGGGUGCCGAGGAAGACCCUGGAACUCGACCCCAAGUUGGGGUACCUUGGUAAAAGGCCAGCCAGGGGCCGUAAGCUCGCGCAAGUAAACGCCUGCGACGAAUCAAUACACAACCAGACAUACGUCUUGGUCUGGCCACCUCAAGCCGGACGUCGGCUUCAACAUAAAAGUCCUCUCUCGCUGCAUCUGCUUCCGCCGAAAGAGGACCAACAAAUCGUCCCCCGACAAACAUCAGACAACACCAACAAUGUCACUCACCAGGCCCUUUGGCAGCACGACCCCCUGGGCCGAGCCGACGUGGUACACGGGCCGCCCGUCGCCGUACUACAACGACUCGCAUCGCAAGCUGCGCGACCACCUGCGCGCCUGGGUCGACGACAACUUCGCCUCGAGCUCCGAAGAGUGGGAGGCGGCGGGCGCCGUGCCGCCAGAGCUGUACAACAAGUGCGCCGAGGCCGGCCUGCUGGUGCCCAUCGCGUCGGGCAAGUCGAUUCCCGCGGACUGGGCCAGGUACGGCAUCAUCGCGGGCAUCGGGGCCGAGGAAUGGGACGGCUUCCACGACUUCAUCCUCUGGGACGAGCUCACCCGCGGCGGCAACAUUGCGAAUCUCUUCAUCGGCCUGGUCGUCGGCGCGCCGCCGCUGAGGUACUUUGGCAGCGACUUUCUCAAGAGCAAGAUUCUCCCCGAAGUGCUCUCUGGGCAGAAGCGGAUCUGCCUCGCCAUCACGGAGCCGUCGGCCGGCUCGGAUGUGCGCAACAUCACGACCACGGCUGAGAAGACGCCCGAUGGCAAGCACUAUAUUGUCAAUGGUGAGAAGAAAUGGAUUACAAACGGCAUGUUCUCAGACUACUUCAUGACGGCAGUCCGCACCGGCGGCGAAGGCGCGACAGGCAUCUCGAUGCUCCUGAUCCCGCGCAGCGAGGGCAUCCGCACUCGCAAGAUCGAGAUCGGCGCGGGGUCCCUGUCCGCCACGACCUACGUCGUCUUCGAGGACGUCAAGGUGCCCGCCGAGUACCUCAUCGGCGAGGAGGGCCUGGGGUUCAUGUACACGAUGACCAACUUCAACCACGAGCGGCUGUGGAUCACGUUCCAGGCCCUGCGUGGGUGCCGGGUUAGCAUGUUGGACGCGAUGGAGUGGGCGCAGAAGCGCGAGGCGUUUGGGCAGACGCUCAUCCAGCAGCCCGUCGUGCGGUGGAAGUUUGGCAACAUGGCGAGGAAGGUGGACGCGCUGCAUGCGUGGACCGAGCAGGUCGUGUAUGAGCUGGAGCAUCUGAGUGAUCUGGAGGCCGCACGCGUCCUUGGCGGCGUCACUGCCCUGCUCAAGGUCGAGGCGGGCAUAGUGGCACAGUACGUUGCCAACGAGACGGUCAAGAUUUUUGGCGGGCUCGGCCUGACCAAGACGGGCCAGGGUGCACGCGUCGAGGCCUUCUCGCGUGCUGUAAAGGGCUUCAUCGUGCCCGGCGGGUCCGAAGAUGUGCUCAUUGACUUGGGCGUCCGCGAGGCCAUCAAGCUCAGCAAGCAGCAGGCCAAGAGACAGGUAAAGAUUUGAUGGGUGAGGGAGUGAAGAAGAUGCACAUUGUUGUUUAGGCUGGGUUACUGAAGGUGAUGCUUUUGAUUGUGGGACGCCGCUUUCUCCAACUUAUCGCCCUGUGCGGUGAGGUCUUAAUACAGCAUCUGUUCUGACCACCCGAUCUGGGGCUUUCUCUGUGGCAUUCUAGCCACGCGGACUUGAUGGUCGCGCGUCAUGUGAGCAUUCUAUCCGUCCCGUGAUAGCUGCAUCGUGAGCGGAUGAUGUGUUGGCUCUGUCAAGGAUGAUCUACAGAGUGCUACUGGAGGACUUUGGCCAUGACUCGCACCUCCACACGGCGGGAAAAUGCCUGGCGACUGUGGCUGACUAAGGGACGAGCGGAAAGCGCCACACUUGU